AUGCAUCAUUGCGGCUUAAGUGGCGAGGGAACGAGUAAUAGUACGAAGAGCAGCAGCGGUGGUUGGCCAAAGGUCGCUCUCAAGAUACCCCGGGAGAUGCUGUGCAACCCGCUGCUUGAUGAAGAGGAUGCCCAUCCUGCAGUGCAGCAGGAGCCGUCAGCAGUACCCCUAAGUGGAGCGGCUGGAGAAGAACCACCUACAGUGGAAAAUGAGUGCUUAUCGGCACCCUCCAAGCUUCCAUUCUGCAAUGGCAAGAAGGCAGCGGCCUGUGCGACUGAAACCCUGAGGCAUAACCCGCUUCACGACAGCGACGGCGUUCCCUUCAAAAACGGUUUUGGACCUGCGAAGGAAAAGCGAUCUGCUGAUGGUGCAGGCUCCCACCGGGAGCCUCAACGGAAGCGCUCGAGGGGUGAAAAGAUACGGCAGCACAUGCAGCGCCUCAUGAAGCAGCAGCAGCAGCAACAGCAGCUGGCCAGUGGAAAUUCGCAGGACCAGGCAGCAGUAGAGGCGGUGCCUAUGAAGGUACCUAGACCCCCAAAGAAGAAGUUUGUACUUUUAAUUGGGUACAACGGAUCCAGGUUUUUCGGCUUUCAAAAGCAGUUUCAAGUGGACGGAAAUUCUGCAGAGGCCAAUGCCUCAUCAGGUGACGAGGAAUUCCAGCAGCAGCAGGAGCAGCAGCAGCUGCUGCGAACGGUGGAGGGGGAGUUAGAGGCUGCGUUGGUACGCAGCGGUGGCAUCGCCGCAGAGCACUUUGGGUGCUUGCAGCGGCUCCAAUGGACUCGAGCAGCAAGAACAGACAAGGGCGUUCAUGCAGCGUCUAAUGCUGUGGCAUUGAGGCUGUCCUUAGGACCCGUGGCGUUUGGCAGAGAAGAGCAGCAGCAGAAGGCGCAGAGAGAUCCGGAGCAGGAAGCUCAGGGGGAGGGCGAGCGAAGACAAGACGAGCAAAGACGAGACGAGCAGCAGCCUGGGAAGUGUUUAGCAGAGCAGCAGCUUCUUGACGCGUCUGAUGAGGAGUGUCAGUCUCUUUCCCUGGGAGUAGCCUGCCCAGCCGAUAGGGAGGCGGUUGCUGCGUGGCAACAGCAGCGUGUGGCUGCCCUCCUGCAGCGCCUUAAUAAGGAGCUGCCUCUGGAUAUCCGCUGCUUCGACAUCCGCCCUGUUACCAAGAACUUCGAUGCCAGAGUGAGCUGUUCUCGCCGUGUCUACGAAUACGUCUUGCCGCUUUGGCUUAUCCAACCGGUGGCCAUUAGGGCGGAUCUGAAGGCGCGUCAUACCCAGUGCAUGCAAGCGGAAAAAGCAACGGCAGCUGCUCCCGUAGACGGCCCAACGUGCGCUGGUUUGGAAGAUUCCGCGGCAGAUAUCCCAAGAGGGGUAUUGGUACAGGAAGCGGCAGAAAUUCCAGCUGAGGCUCCCCCUGCGAGCAGUGAACUUCCUCCCCAGUGUAUUGCGUUGUAUCGUGAUAUCCCUGCCAAGGUUGCACCAGAGGACCUUAUCGAUCGACUGGGGAAGGUGAUGCGACUCUACGAAGGGACGCACUGCUACCGCAAUUUUACGAGAAAGAGCAAAAACAAGGAUAAGAAUCCUGCAGCUUUCAAAAGACACAUACAUUCCGCCACAGUGAAGCUUGGAAAGCUCCCCGGAAACGAAGAACCCGUGGCGAUCGUGCGACUGGAAGGCCAGUCUUUCCUCUAUAACCAAAUCCGCAAGAUGAUGGGACUGGCAAUCGAGAUAUGCCGUGGCACCGCACCAGUCUCUGCCAUUCGUUUUGCUACUUCACGAGCCGCCGCCUUCCUGCACACAGCUCCAGCGGAAGGCCUGCUCCUGCUACAGGUGACCUCACUGGCUUCGCCUUUACUUGCUCAACACAGGAAGCGAGACACACAUGCAAGGCGCUCUUCUGUAGUUCGUGCUUUUGUGCAACUGCCAUUGCUGCUGCUCCUGUUGCAGCCAUGUUACGAUGCAUACAACAACGGACGGGCACGUUUGGCUGAACUUCCUGCAGUUGAGUUCGAUUCUAUCGCAGAAACUAUCGCGGCCUUCAAGGAUUCCACCAUUUACCCCUCAGUCGCGCAUACAUUGAACACCCCUAUCUGGCGCGAGUGGAUGCAGGGCAUCGACCGCCAUCCUUUCUUCGUCGAAAAUAAUGCUCUAUAA